CUCCCGCGUCUUCCCUCCGCCUCCUCCCUCCGCCCGCCUCCUCCGUCUCUCUGGGCCUGAGGCCGCCUGGCCCGGGGACUCCCUGCCUCCCUCCCUCCUUCCCUCCUCGGUCGGGGAGCGAAGCAGAACGAGGAGGCGGCGGCCGAGGAGGAAGAGGAGGCGGAGGCGGGUUCCCACCGUCCCUCGAGAAGAAGAGUAUUCCGCCAUGUAUUCCGCCGGGGGCUCUUCCCCCGUCGCGGGAGCCGCCGGGCCCGUCCUUGCAACACCUCCACCUCUGCCACCUCCAAUACAGGCAUAUGCAUUCAAGCCGCCUCCUCGACCUGACUUUGGGACUUCAGGGAGAACAAUCAAACUACAAGCCAACUUUUUUGAAAUGGACAUUCCCAAAAUUGACAUAUAUCAUUACGAAUUGGAUAUAAAGCCAGAGAAGUGCCCUAGAAGAGUUAACAGAGAAAUAGUUGAACACAUGGUACAGCACUUUAAAGCACAGAUAUUUGGGGAUCGCAAGCCAGUAUUUGAUGGAAGAAAAAACCUCUACACAGCUAUGCCGCUUCCAAUAGGGAGAGAUAAACAGGUGGAAUUGGAGGUGACGUUGCCAGGAGAAGGGAAGGACAGGAUAUUCAAGGUGGCGAUAAAGUGGAUGUCGGGCGUCAGUCUGCAGGCCUUACACGACGCUCUCUCCGGCCGUCUUCCAAGCGUCCCUUUUGAAACGAUACAGGCGCUGGAUGUGGUCAUGAGGCACCUGCCUUCCAUGAGGUACACUCCUGUGGGCCGGUCCUUUUUCACUGCAUCCGAAGGCUGCUCCAAUCCCUUGGGAGGGGGCAGAGAAGUUUGGUUUGGAUUUCAUCAGUCAGUUAGGCCUUCACUGUGGAAAAUGAUGCUGAACAUUGAUGUAUCGGCAACAGCUUUUUACAAGGCACAGCCAGUAAUUGAAUUUGUAUGUGAAGUUCUGGAUUUCAAAAGCAUUGAAGAACAACAGAAACCUCUGACGGAUUCCCAAAGGGUUAAGUUUACCAAAGAAAUUAAAGGUCUGAAAGUGGAAAUCACUCACUGCGGGCAAAUGAAGAGAAAAUACCGAGUAUGCAAUGUUACCAGACGACCAGCAAGUCACCAAACAUUCCCACUUCAGCAAGAGAGUGGACAGACUGUUGAAUGCACUGUAGCUCAAUAUUUUAAGGAUAGGCACAAGUUGGUUUUACGCUACCCUCAUCUUCCAUGUUUACAAGUUGGACAGGAGCAGAAACACACAUACCUUCCCCUAGAGGUCUGUAACAUUGUGGCAGGGCAGAGGUGUAUAAAGAAGCUGACAGACAAUCAAACUUCCACUAUGAUAAGGGCAACUGCUAGAUCAGCGCCGGACCGUCAGGAAGAGAUUAGCAAACUGAUGCGAAGUGCAAGUUUUAAUACUGACCCUUUUGUCCGGGAAUUUGGCAUUAUGGUGAAAGAUGAAAUGACGGACGUGACUGGUCGGGUGCUGCAGCCUCCUUCAAUUCUCUAUGGAGGCAGGAACAAAGCAAUUGCCACACCAGUUCAAGGAGUUUGGGAUAUGAGGAACAAACAGUUUCACACUGGCAUUGAAAUAAAAGUCUGGGCAAUCGCUUGCUUUGCUCCUCAGCGACAGUGCACUGAAGUCCACCUUAAGUCCUUCACAGAACAGCUGAGAAAAAUAUCCAGAGAUGCAGGAAUGCCCAUUCAGGGCCAACCCUGUUUCUGUAAAUAUGCCCAGGGAGCUGAUAGUGUGGAGCCCAUGUUCCGGCAUCUAAAGAACACCUAUGCUGGGUUGCAGCUUGUGGUAGUCAUUUUACCCGGAAAAACGCCGGUUUAUGCGGAGGUGAAGCGUGUUGGGGACACUGUGCUGGGCAUGGCUACGCAGUGCGUGCAGAUGAAAAAUGUGCAACGGACAACGCCACAAACCCUGUCCAAUCUGUGCUUAAAAAUCAAUGUCAAAUUGGGAGGCGUAAAUAACAUUUUACUGCCUCAGGGAAGACCUCCAGUCUUCCAGCAGCCUGUAAUUUUCCUGGGUGCAGAUGUCACUCAUCCACCAGCUGGAGAUGGGAAAAAGCCAUCUAUCGCUGCUGUUGUAGGCAGCAUGGAUGCCCACCCGAACCGAUACUGUGCCACUGUGAGGGUCCAGCAGCAUCGCCAAGAGAUCAUCCAGGAUCUGGCUGCCAUGGUCAGGGAGCUGCUGAUCCAGUUCUACAAGUCAACGCGGUUCAAACCCACCCGGAUCAUUUUCUACAGAGACGGGGUUUCCGAGGGGCAGUUUCAACAGGUUCUCCAUCACGAAUUGUUGGCUAUCAGAGAAGCGUGUAUUAAGCUAGAAAAAGACUACCAGCCUGGAAUUACAUUUAUUGUCGUGCAGAAGAGGCAUCAUACCAGGCUGUUUUGUACAGACAAAAAUGAACGGGUUGGGAAAAGUGGCAACAUUCCAGCAGGUACAACAGUGGACACAAAAAUCACCCACCCGUCGGAGUUUGACUUCUAUUUGUGUAGUCAUGCUGGUAUUCAGGGAACAAGCAGACCAUCUCAUUACCACGUUCUCUGGGAUGACAAUCGUUUCUCUUCGGAUGAGCUCCAGAUCCUCACCUACCAACUGUGUCACACGUACGUUCGCUGCACCCGCUCUGUUUCCAUCCCUGCACCAGCAUACUAUGCACACCUGGUGGCCUUCAGAGCCAGGUAUCAUCUGGUGGAUAAAGAACAUGACAGUGCUGAGGGGAGUCAUACCUCUGGCCAGAGCAACGGCAGAGAUCAUCAAGCACUUGCAAAAGCUGUUCAGGUUCAUCAGGAUACAUUACGCACCAUGUACUUUGCCUGAUAUUGCUGCAAUGAUUUAAGUAACUCACCUCUGAGUUGGAUUCACGGGAGACCAGCUGCACUUAGACCAACAGUUGCGCAAGCUACAGCGACAGCCAGCAAUGAGUGAUGCAUCUUUAUUUUAAUUUUAAUUUUUUUUAAAAAAAAUAUUAUAGUUUUUUUUUCCAUUUGCAAGGAAGCCUUCCGUCCGGAAUUUCAGACUUAAUUGCAAACUGCAGACCUGUUCAAAAUUGCACAGCAGUUAGAAGUGUGGAUUUGCCAAAAUCAAAAGCUGCUUGUCAGGAGGAAAGGAAAAAAAGAAACCAGAACCCAUCUUUCAUAACUAUAUCUAGAGCUGUGAUCUCAGGGCUAAAAAAAAUACUUCUCAUUUAAUUAUGCCUUUCCAUAUAUAUCUGUAUGUCACUGAUCUGAGAAUACUCAAAUUCAGGCUUAUCGGGCUUGAGAAGAAACUAUGAGUUUGCUUUUAUUCCUGAAAAGAGAACAGAAUAUUAAUUUGGGUGCCAUUGAGAUGUUUGCUCAUUCCGGAUGCAUUCACAAACGUUUUAUCAUUGAGAAACAAAAAGAGAAUCCCUGGGUUGUCUUUAGCUGUCUUAUCGAGGAACAGUCUGUGGGGGUCUACGGGCAAAAACGUAUUUUUGGAAGUUUGCUCUUGAAUGUCUUUCACUGUGCUGUUAAAAUUCUUUUGUAGAAUGAAUUAUGGAUUUAUUUCAGUUAGGGAAAGGAAUUUAUGUAUACUUUAGAAUAGGUCCAUUGAAAGCUUAGCAAAGUGUGCCAUUAAAAAAAGAUGUAUUUUUUUCCUUUUAAAGAAUCCAUUUUGAUUACUAAUCAUGGAAUUGGUCCUAUAGGACUGUGACACUUAAUUUUCCAAAGCUUUUUCUAAAGAAUACGGGUCUGUUGGUGAUACAGUACAAUCUUUUUCACUGUUAUGUUUGAAUUAAUGUAAAAUUUGUAUGUGUUUCACAGUAUUAACAUGAUAGACUAGAUGCUAUUUAUUUUUAUUUACUAAGGAGUGCUCAACGUAGUUCUGUUAACAUAUCAUUGGUCGAGAGACUUUUUUUUUUUUUGGAUUUUGGAAAAGAGGAACUUGCUAUCAUGUGGUCACUAGUGAUUUGUUUGGGUCUGAACUCACCAACCAUGGCUUUUGUCCGUCAGUCUGUGUUUAGUUUUGAACAGGCUUGUAUAUGCUGGAAUGAAUGGAGGAGGAUGGAUUGUAGCAGUACAAAUAUGCAACGAACAUACAUGGAGAGGUUUAUAUAUAGCUUGUUUCAGGAAGGACUUUAGUUGAUUGGUAAACUCUUCAGCUCUAAAACAUUUUUUGUUUUUGUUUUAGCAUAGACAUUGAAGAACAAUUCUUGACUCAUUCAAGCACAAAUAUGAUUUUUCUGUCUGAUUGUUGAAGAAGUUGAAGGAAAGGAAACUGGCAUUUUAGUUGAGGGAUAUGGUCAUCUUAGGCAGGAGAUGAACAGAAACAGCGAGGGAAGGGCAGUGUCCUCUUUGAAGAUGUAUUAGUUCUGUUUGUACAAGAUGACUAGACAUGACUCUUCAGAGCUGCUAUAUGAGGCAUGGGCAAACUUUGGCCCUCCCUCCAGGUGUUUUGGACUACAACUCCCAAAAUUCCUAACAGGCUGUUAGGAAUUUUGGGAGUUGUAGUCCAAAACACCUGGAGGGAGGGCCAAAGUUUGCCCAUGCCUCAUAUAGCAGAAAGCCCAGGAAGUUUUCUUCCUAAUCCGAUCUUUUAUCAAUUCAGGUUUGUUUUCUUUUUCCUGAAAGCAGAGUUUAUGCUUUGUUUGGGUAAGAUUUGUUCCCUUUUUUCUCCAUUCAGCAAAGUGGGGGAAAUGGGAUCAGACAGACCGUGCUUGGAACACUGCUGAUAUUGUAGAACUGAUUGUCAAUGCCUGAGCAAGUAAAUGCUCAUUUCUGUUGUUGCCUAUAAUAAUAAUUAAUUUUUUUUAGGGAUUUAACUUGUCUUGUGUAUCUGUUGACGUCUGCACUUAGGAAGCAGUGCCUCGCGCUGCCAAAUGGAUGUGGCUGGAACAACAUGCCUUUUGGGGCAGGAAUUAAUUAUCCUUGGUCAGGAAUAUUGUGGGAAGGGGGCACAAUGCACUUGUGUCUUGUCUUGUUUUGUUUCCCAAAUCUUGUACACUGCAGUUCUAGUUAAUUAAUACUGGGCCCAGACGAGGGUCUCUCUCAUUUAGAAAGCCUGUUGCAGUCUUUAUUCGACUUCUGUAGCAUAUAUACAGCCUUUUCUUUUGGGAGGACUUGCACUUUCCAGCCAGUUGUGUGGAUAGACUACAAUGUGAAGAGCCUUUCAAGUUGGGCUAAUACUUUGGUUUUGAAAUUCUUUCAUAGUUGGCUUUCUAUUUUGAAUCAUUCUUCCAUUCUUUAUCUUUUUGGUGCCCAGAAAUGAUGGACUUGUCAUUGUUUUCCUCUCCAGAACUCAGUGGUCAGAUCAUAACAAAGGUUCGUCAUGUCUGUUGUUAGUUUGCAAAGAACAAAAACAGUAGCGGCUAUCUUUAGAUGGCUGUCGGAACCCAUAGACUUCUCUUUUCCUCUAUUUUCAAAUCAUUGAAACAUAUUCAUCAGUAUGCAGGUAUAUGCCUACAACUGACUUAUUAUUAGAAGCUGGUGUAGAUCCUUCUCCAAAGGACUGAUGUUGUCUUUUCACUGGUUCAUGUGGCAAUUCUGAGCGCAUAUCUUUCUGGGUGGAAGGAGGGCCAUUGUUUUCCGGAACUUGGAUAUUAUUAGAUCAGGAAGAAGAAACACAUGUGUUUCUCUUUUCAUCCUAUUUACUGUAAUCUUAAAAGUGGUGUUUACAUUUCCCUCGUUCAAUUCAUCGUAAGCUAAUACUAGGCAAAACUCAGCCUCUGGGUAUGUUGGAGGAAAGGUUGUGAGACUGUUUUGAAGCAUUUGACAAUGCACUUUGAAAAGGUAGGGCACUCUAAAUAUGCACAACUGCUUUGUAUAACAUAUGCAUGAAACCAAAAUUCCAAAUUGAAACAAAGAAUACGCUUUUCUGAUGUAGCUGUUUACUUCAACGAAUCUUGUAAGCACAGCAAUAUCUCAGGUGAAUGAUUUCAUACAAUUUUAUCCAAACUCUUAUCCAUGAGAACAAAGGGGAAUAGUUUACAGCAAGUGAGCGUGACUCUAGGAUUUUGGGCACAGAGCUGAACAUCUCUUAAAAUCUGGCCAGCUUUUUCUUUUGACAAUAACUUUAAAUUAAACUUACCCUGUGACUAGUUUGGUUUAUUUUUUCGAGCUGGUGUUAUUUUACUUAUAGAAAAAUAUGGGUCUGAUUGCUUUUUAAAAUAAAAGGCUCCCUAAAUUGGUUAAAACUGACAUUGAGUUUUGGGUAUUGCAAAUUUACACUGCUUAUGGCAACGCCAGUCUUUUCUUGUACCUCACUUAUAAGGACUUCACUAUAAGGAUUAGAUUGUCCUAUGCAUUUAUCUGUACCAUUCCUGGUUUGAUGCUUAAACAUUUCAUGUAUCAUCUUGGUAUGGAAGAAUAGAGACUGUUAUCUCAUCUCUCAAAACAUGAAACUUUGACUUUACAUCAUGUAGAAAUUUUGAGGAAAUUGAAACACAGCGUCAUAAACAUGAUGCGGAUUUGACAGCAGUAACUUGUUUGCUGUUUUCCUUACUCCAAAUUUUUAGUAAGAGAGGAAAACAGCAUUCAGUAGCAAAGUUGCUAUUUUGUACCGCAAACCAGUGAACCAAUAAUUUUUAACUGAAGCCAUUCUAUUCUAAAAGAAACAUGUAAUAUAAGUUGGUCUCUUGUGCCUUUUAACCACACUUUUCUUGAUGGUAAAAGCACUAAUGUCUUCUGUAGCCCAUAAGGUUGCCUCUGCGGCCCUUCACUCAGAGGCUGUGCUUUUUUGACCAGAGAGGAUGAUGUGUUUUGGAGUAGGAAGCCAAGGCAAUGGCCCUCCUUGUACUUUGAACCCAGCCAAAUUCCUUACAUCUCCUCUAAUAUGGCAAUGACGGGAGCAUUAGAACAACACCGUCACCUUUAAAAAAAUGGUGGGGUUUUUUUUGUGUGUGAACGUAAUUUUUGUCUAACUUGUAUGACAUAUCGUGUAGCGGCAAAUGAAGUCUGCAAGUUGAGUUGGGAGGUUGUUGAAAGGGAAAGACGUUUCCUUGUCUCUGCUCUUGCUUCCUCCCCUCCUUUUGUUUACUUUGCUGAUGAUGCCUAAUAUGCUGGCAGACAACUCCCCUCUUCAAGAUACAUGUGAAAAAAAGUGCUUGGUCUGUGGCCCGAACCCGAAUAAUAUGUCUCAGUAGGCAUCCAAAUAUAAGCGGGUUGUGUAAGCACCAGAAGAGAUGACGAUGUGUCCUUUGUAUUUGUGUUUUAGGUUGUGUUAGAUAUGAAAUUGGCAUGAACAUGGGAGGAAUUCCAUGGCAUAAUCGUCGUUGUCCAGCCCCAUCAAAGCCUUUAAAACAGGAAUAUCAGAAAGAUUGAAAUUGUCAGCAUACGGAAAGAGCACUGCGCCUUAUCUCCUAAAGCAGGCAUGGGCAAACUUCGGUCCUCCGGGUGUUUUGGACUUCAACUCCCACAAUUCCUAACAGCCUACCAGCUGUUAGGAAUUGUGGGAGUUGAAGCCCAAAACACCCGGAGGACCGAAGUUUGCCCAUACUUGACUCAUAACCAGAGAAUAAAAUCCUGUGGCGCUUCUUAAGCCAUGUAAUCUUUACACAUAAUUGAAAAGAAUGUAAAUACGUUGUCUCUCUAGUUAACCAUCAUCUUUUAAUUAGAGUAUUUUCCUUCAGAAACAGAUCUACUUUUUAUGUAAACAAUAGCUUUGUGGACUUGUAGUUGCUGCAGAUUGUGGCCGAGACCACGCAGUAUAUUUCGUUCUUACAUUUGUACUCUUUUGACAGCUUACUUCUAAAUGCCUCCCGGGUAUCAUUUCUGGGAGAAAACCCAAGCAGGACGUGAUUGCACUGAUAAUUAUUUUCACUUUCUUACUGUAAUGGACUUUCUAUUGGGCUCUGCUGUAGCUGUUGGACUAAUCGUUUACUUAGUGUUAGGUCUGACCGAAGGAGAAACGCUCUUGUGUUCGUUGUCGUGUUUGUAGAGCGGAUAGGCCCGUCUUACAGUAUUAAGAGAUGAACUGAAUGCACAUAUUGUUUCCCGGAUUGUAUCCAUUUAGCAUGUGCCGCUGCAAAUCCUUUUGAGGGCAUAGCUGCAUAUUUUGCUUAGUGUAUGUUGUUGAAUUUUGGUCUGUCUUCACUCCAUAGUUUCUUUUCUGUCCCUCUCCAAAAUGCACUUUGUUUGCAGAAUGCUCUCGUACACUUGGCUGUGCUUAGCUUAUCCAUGCCCGUUUUGUUUUGCCAUUACUCACACUUUUUGGUUAUGAAGAGUUCAGAUUCUUCGAUUGUGAUAGAGAACCAUGGGAGCUCCUUCACCUGGGACGCUUCAACCCGACUGGGCUCAUUUGAAGCUAUUCCGAUCCAACCUUACUUGGAAGCCUUUGUCCAUACGAAUCAAUGUGAUUUGGAAGGCUAGUGAUGAACAUUGUCCUUUCUUUAUCUAAUAACCAUCCUGGGCACAAAUAUAUCUUUUGGCAGUUUGCUGUUCUCUACAAUAUUUAUCUACCUUUGGAAUACUUAAUAAAUAGAGCUUAUUAGAAAAGCUGUUGUCCUUGCACAGCUGUCGAGGCUCUUUCAUACACUUUUCCUCCCAUUGUCAGUCUAUUGAUCAUCCUAAGCUUAGUGUUUUGUUUAUUUGUGUAAUGUACCUUAUUGAGUCCCAUUUAAACUUCUAGGUAGUUUUUUUGGGGUGUGUGUUUUGCCUGAAGUAUUUAAAAGAGAAUGUAACGACUUGGAAAGAUUUAAGCAGCAUAUUCAUCAGGUAGCAAGCAAAUCGAGUUUAAAACUACCUCCUGCAAUCUUUGAAAGAGAUGAGGGUGUUUUCCUUCCUAACAUGGGAUUUAUCUUUAUGGGAAGUAGCCAAAUUUCACUGAAGGACUUGAGUUGCUAUGACCUUUUAUUGACUUCUGGUUGAGAAGGUAUUCACUUAUUAGUAUCCAAGGUCAGGUGCCAUUCAGGGACUUCUAACAUCAUUAAUCAGAAAGAGCAAGUUGGAUAAAAUCCAUAGGAAACUGUGUAUCUUGUGAAAUAUGAGGCAAGUUACUUUUGCAGAUUUUACUUCUGCAGAUUUUAUCAUUUCAUUAGGAACACAAAAAGAGCAAAAAAAUACUAUGCAUUAGUCAACUUGGUUCUUGUGAUUGCAUUUUUCCAUACUGUUAUUUCCAGGGCAGAAAUGUAUUACUAUAUAAACAUUGAGUGCACUUUUGGGCACUUUGUAUGACUGCAUUUGAGGUGCUUUGUCCAGGAUCCAAAAAGAUGCUUGGGAUGCACCAAGGGGCUUGGGUCGCUAUCCUUUUCCUUUGAUCCUAGCAGAUCCCUGAUUUCAACAUUUCUGUUUUAGAACAGGCUUUCCUUUCUUGUAUUUGCGGAGGGUGUUCAAAAAGAAAAGAGCAGCCCUGUGUGUUUUAUGCAGAACCCGUUGAGGUGUCCUUUGGAUCCACUGGUGUAUAGUGUGCAUACUGGAAGGUGCUUUAAACAUUUUGAAUCUAGGAGGAAAUUAUGUGUUAAUUUUAAAUAUAUAUAUAUACUAUUUAGGUAUUUUUUCCUUGAAACUGUAUUGUUAAAUAUGAUAUUUUUCCCUCUAGUAGUCAAUAUAAUUUAUAUAAACUCAAAAUCUGCCAAAAAAAAGGUUAUUGAAUGUUUUAUGAGUGUGUCCUGUGUCAUUGUGCAGUGAUUCGGUCAUGCCUCAUAUCUUGAAAUGAGCGCAAGUACAACUCAAGGUGCUUUUAUCUCAAAAUGAAACUGUAGAAAACCUGUUGUGUAAUAUCACAUUGUUCUGAUUGAAUACAUCAUGCUUUGCAUAAGUAAGUGUAUUGCUGUCAAGACUGCUACCUUAUAUUGUAGGGCUGUUCCCCACAAAUUGCAUACUGUGACAUAGGAUAUUCAAUUCAAGUCAUAUUGAGUCUCAUCAUGUGAGCCGUUCAUUAACAUUGUGCUCUGGAAUGUGAGUGAAACAUUUUCUCCAAAAUUUAGCUGUGUUUACUAAUGGUUUCCUGAUAGGUCUGUUUGUAGUUUUUCUAUUUAAGUUUUGCACCCAAACCAUGUGGUAACGUUUUGGCCAGCAGACUCUGCCAUCAGAGAUUGUUGUGAUAGUUCUCUGGAGAUUCGGAAGUGGGUUGUCAUGUAGCAUAAUGCUAGUUGCCAUUCAGGUCCAGCAUGAGGUUUGGAAGAUGAGAUGUUGCCAUGUAGACAGAUCAGUGGUGUAGCUCAGCCAGUUUUUCAGCUAGACAGCAACUUGAGCUCAUGAACCCAGGAUCCACAGCUGUUCUGGAUCGUAGUGCCAGAAAGUCAGCAAUCCAAUUCAGAUUUUUUCCCCCAGACCCUUAUUUUGAUAGACCUAUUCUUGUUUUCCCAGCCAGAAAGCUUCUUCAGCAGUUGUUUACUCCUGGAGGUCUCAUGGAUCUUGGGAGAUUGUUUUUUUUAAAACAAACAAACAAACAAAACUGAUAUAUCUUUUUGGUCUAAUGUAGUAAGGCUGCUCUUAGGUUUAUCUCAGGUAUGGGCAAACUUCAACCCUCCAGGUGUUUUGGACUUCAACUCCCACAAUUCCUCAUAACCAAACUUUGCCCUUGCCUGAUGUAUCCUGAUGACAGAUUUGUUUGGAAAGGGACCUCUGUUCAGCAUAUCAUUGUGGAAUUGCAGGAAAUAUCUGGUGGCACAUAUAUUUGAACAGCACAGUUACUUUUUGGAGAAAGAUGCUAAUGUCUUGAAAGUGAGCCUAGGAGUAACGUCUGCUGCAGCUAUAACCUUUUGGGAGAUCUCCAAACUCAGGCAGCUUUUCCCUUUAGACAAUUGAAAUGGUCCAAACAUACCAGUGCAACGAAGCAAGAGUGAUAUAUGCAAAUAGCUCUGACCUAUCUUUAGUCUUGCGAGUCUCUCAAGAUCAUGCCCGGGAAACCAGUGCUUUGUGGGGAAAGGGUUUGGGCCUGCUGCCCUCCUUUAAAAACAAAGCAAAAAAACUACCUCUGAGAUUGCAGUAUUGUCAGCAUCUUUUUAGUUCUUUUUGUGUAGUAGAAUGAUGUGGGGGACAGAGGAGUUGCCGGGGUGUUUUCUUUACCAUUUUGCAUUUCCUACUGAUAAAAAAACCUGCUGAUGAUAAUCCCAUAGAUUUCUGAGGAGGUGCUUUUUUAACGUGACCUUUCUUUCCUUUCCAUAUAUUACAAGAGCUACAAUGUCUGCUGUUCCCCUUCGUGGCUGCUCAUACAUAAAGGGAUUUUAGGAGUCUAUUUUUUAAAAUGCACCCAAUGAAUGCACACCAAGCGAGAAACACAUGGGCUGGAGGGAAGUAAGUUGUGCUGCUUUCUUGAAUGCUCCCAGAUGGGGGAGAGGCUUUGCUAUUUGUCCAUUUUAUUAAAAAGGUCUCGAAAUUCCGAGACCCAUGAGACCCAUGGGCAAAACUGAUCUGCCAGUUUUGAUUAAUGCAUAAUAGCAACAGAUAAAUGAAGUGAUGAAAGUCCAGAAUGUCUGGUGUAAUCUAUGAUUUGGUAUAUUCUCAAUUUGACUGACAACUUCUCGGAGUCACUAAUUUGUAGUUUAGCAUGAGCAGUUACUUAUGUGCUUAAGUUUCUUGGAUGUGUGUGUGUGUGAGGAGAAAUCCAGACUAAUUGGUUCUGAUUGAAAAUAUUAGGUGUGACCCAUGGGACCGCCGUUCAGCCACGUUCAACCUGAGUAAAAGAAAUAGGAACUUCUGUAUCAUACGGAAUUGUAUUCCUCUUUUCCCUGGAAGGAGAAUGAGGUUUGGGAUUCUUUCUCUUAAAAAGUUUGUCUUCCUUUGGAAAUUAGCCAGUCAGUGAGAAGAGGACAGGAGCGAAGGGCCUUAUUUCAAAUGGUACUAAGCAAAAAUACAAAAACCUACAGGGCAGUUGUACAUGUCUGCUCAGGAGUAAGCCCCGUUGCUUCCAGUGGGGCUUACUCUCAGGUCAGAGAGUAAAAGGACUGCAGCCUUAACUAGUUUACACCCUUUUGCUGCCUGAGUUGUUGCAGGGACCCAGGCUUGCAGGAUAUAGCAAACUGUAAAAUUAGGGAAGGUUAUUUCUACCCGUUUUGUGACAUCUGUAAAGUUGCCAUUUCAUUCUAUAGAUUGUACACUUCAUACAUUCAUGUAUAAAAAGUUCCAAGUAUGAGAACUAGUGUUAAUGCAGUAUAUGUACCUUAAUUUCCAGUGACAUGCUUGCUUGAUGCUAUGUGGUGAUGUUUUCUUAACGUAAGCCUUAACAGAUGUAUUAAACUCGUCCAAGAUCAGAAUAUGCAAAAACAAUAAGACUAGAUCUUUUCCUAUGAAGGCACAAGAGGAUUUUUAAAACAAAAACAAAAUUAAGUGGUCUGUCCUUAAAACCAGACUAAGUUUUUGAGGAGGUAGCAUAGGUAUUUACGGGCCGCCUCCUCAUCCUUCCCCAAUUUUCACAGAAUUUAUGUAUCCUGGGUUUAGUUCCAGGAUACAGCCGUGCUAUUGAUCCAAUCAUAAUCCUGAGAUAUGGAGAAAAAUCCUUUUGAAAGGGCUAGGGGAUUAAUAUAGAUACAGAUUCAUUCCCCCAACUGGAGCGUAGUUGUGUGAAAGAGAAGUCUGACUAUAUAAGAAAAUUGUAAAUAUGUACAAGAACUCUGCAAUAGUGAUUUUUUUUUUCAUCCUAUAACUGACAUAGAAUCAUUCUGUCUUCAAGGCUAUUUAGACUAAUGGUAAAUGGGCAGCAGGGACCCAGCUCUCUUUCCAGUUUGGAUCUACCUCAGACGAAGCAGUUGGGUGCUAAUUUUAUUCAAAUUAAACAUUGAGAUUGUCCAAAGUGACCAAACAAUAUGUGAUGAUAUACUUGUCCUCUGAAGGCAAGGGUUGCCUUUGCAGGGGGGAAUUGCGUUAUUGAAAAAAAUGCAUUUGAUUUCUUAUUUGUGCCUUUUGCGUUGAGUCCCAAUGCAUAGCAAAAUCAAGUCAUAACUCCUAUACGAGAAGCAAAAUUCUUUUUAAACAGCAAACCUGAAAACUGUGUUCGGUUUCGUAAAAAAAAAAUGAAAGUAUAUUUUUCAUGUAUGAAAUUUAAAAAAUAAAACAGCAUAAAUGGAA